UGCAUCUAUCCGUCCGUCUAUCUUAUUGUUGCUCGUCAGCUUGCAUGUCAGUCAGUCAGGCAAUCAGUCGAUCAGUCAGUCAGAAGGGCUUUCUACACAGGGGACACCUCGGUUUCGGCUCUGGCUGGCCAUCCAUCUCGCCCCGCCCACCCGCCAGAAUGCGCUUAUGACACGACGCACAAUAGCAUGUGCAACCUGACACACACCCAUGCACAUUCAAAACGGCACAGCGAAAUGUAGGUCCGUGCGAGUAUCCGUGUGAGUGUCUGACUGCGUCUGCUGCUCACCACAUGGCAGCUUCACAGCCUUUGGUUCGGACCAGCAUGCCAUGCAGACUCGUUCCCUCUCCUGCUCGGCCCUCUCGGCCUCCACUCGCUGCGACUCGGCCGCGGCCUUGAGCUGCGUCAAUCGGGUCAUUUCUGCAUUGAUGUUGCCGACGAGGCAUGACAGCUCAGCAGCGCUGAUGUGCUGCAGCCGGUCGCCACGAAGCUGAGCCCCGUCCAGUGCGGCAUUCUGCCGACCCAGACGGUCAUUCUCGCUCUCGAGGGAGUGGAUGGAGCUCUCGCACGUGCGGAUGGUCCGGCGCAGCCCCGCGAUUACAGUGUUCUUGAAGGCGCUGGCCUGCUCGAGUGACUCGAGAGUGGCCCCUUUCGCCUGGAUGACGCUGUCCCUCUCCUGAAUGGCCUUGUCCUUCUCCGAUAUCACCAUGUCCUUCUCGCUGACACACGGACACAAGACGAGAAACAGUAAAGAUGGAGAACGGGCCUCCAUAUCUCUCUGUGUGUGUGAAUGGAUGCAGACUUCAGGGUGCUCUUCUGCGUCUCGAUGAGCUUCUGCAGUCUGUCAAUCCUCUGAAGGGACAGCAAAGCGGCAAGGCAUGAAAGAUCAGUUCAUAUGCCCUUCCCGCCCCUCUCCUCUCUCGGUCUGUCACCUUGUGCGGUCCGACGAGCAUCUUGAAGUAUUUCGUCUUGCCCCGGUGUAGGCCACCGCCGUGCUCCUCCUUGUGCAUCAACUCAUCCUGCAGCAAGAGGGAAGGCCCGUACUCAUCUGCACUUAUGUGUUUUGUCCGCAACACACCUCCUCUUCCUUCCUGAGGGCCUUGAGCGCCUGUAGGUGUUUCUUCGAGCGCUCGUGUGACGCCAGCUGCCCUUCGCUGCGGUAGUGUUUGUUGCAGAUAUCACAGUAAUAGAUGAGGACAUCGCCGCCAUGCUCGUCGUCACUGGACUCAUCAGAGUAGGGGCUGGGGUCCAUGAUCUCCCCCUCACUCCUCUCCGAGCUCGCACGCCCCCCCCCCCCCCCCCCCCCCCCCCCCCCCCCCCC